GACACCGCGCGGCCGCCAUUUCCGCCGCGCUCAGCGCCUCACCUUGGCUUUCUUCAGCAGGAGGAUAAUGGCAUCCUCGCCGUCCUCCUCCUCGUCGUCCCUGGGAGAGAGGGAGAAGGCUGCGGGGCGGAGGUGACCGCCGCCCGGCCCGGCCCGCCCGCAGCCCGCCGCGCCUCACCUCCGAGGAAGCCCAGCGCAGCCCCGCCUGGCCGAGCCCACCGCCGCCCGGCGGACUUCGUGUCGGUACUGGUGCCCGUGCCGCCCCGCUCCUGCCGGGCCCCGCCGUGCCAGGCGGGCCGGGGUCGCGCGAGCCCCGCGGGGCAGCGCCUGCCCAAGCGACACAGGGCCCGCGGCAGCGCCGCCGCCAUCAUUUUCCCCGGGCGCGGGCCCUUUAAGAGCUCACCCUCGUCACGUGACGAGGGGCGUCGCGUCACCGUAGCGGAGCGCUCCCGUUGCUAUGGCAACGCGGCCUCAGGUAGGCCCGGGCCGCAGACCAGGCCGCCCCGAAUGGCUCCGGCGCGGCGGCCCUGGCGCUGUUCCCGCUGCCGGGAUCUGGCCGCUGCCGGAGCUCCUCUCAGAGGCUCCCCGUGCUCCCGGGGGCAGCCAGCCCUCCGCGCUGCCGCCUCUGCCGGGAAAGGCUUGGCCCCGCGCCGGGCUGCCCCAGGCCUGGGCCUCUUCCUGCUCGUUCCCCCUCCACUCACCCCGGCGUGUAUUUAUGCGCGGGGCGUCUGAAAGGCCCGUGUGAAAGGCCUCCGCCACCUCGAGAAGCCCUUUGUUCUGAGAACGUGCACAGAGUGCAGCUCGGGUUCGGCUGGGGAUGCCCUUUCCUUGGCCUCGGGUCAGGCUGAGACGCAGCACUGCCCGGACAAACAGCUGGUUUACAACAUCUGCCCUGACCUCAGCCGUUUCCCACCACCUCCUGAUCUCUUCUGUCUCACUUCCAGUCCCGAGGGCAGUGCCCGUGAGAUGGAUAGCACCUUACCAGCUGUAGCAGAGGAGCUUCUGAAGGAGAUCAGAAAGGCUUUUCAGGAGACCUCCCACGUCCCUGAUGAUCUGCUGCUGGGGCUGAAGUUCAUAUUUGGCCCAUCUGCUGUCCCAGCUUUGGAUUUGGUGGAUCAACGUUCUGUCACCCGAGUCGUGUCUCCGAGUGGAAGGACUGCGUAUCAGGUCCUUGGGAGCUCAGGCAAACUCUACACCUGCUACAGUUCCUGCCACUUCUGCACGUGUCCCGCUUUUGGUUUCACUGUACUGCAGAAGAGCGAGAGCCUUCUGUGCAAACAUAUACUUGCCGUCUACCUCAGCCAGGCCAUGGGAGCCUGUCAGGAGCUGACUGUGUCUGAGGAGCAGCUCACAAGCAUCUUACUGGCUGAGGAAGAGGAUGAAGGAUGAAGGCCUUGGAUCACAUCCAGGUGUGAUUUCUGUGUACCUCCUGGCUGCAUAGCCAGCAUCUUUCUUGUCUACAAGUCUGUCAAAUAUCCACUGUGGCUGCUAGGUUUAUUCCUGUGCUGUAACCAAGUUUGACUUAAUUAUCAGCUUUGCACUGAUAUAUAAUAAAUGGUAAGAAGCC